UUUUCGUAAAGUACAAAUAUAUAAGUUAAAUCAUAAAUGGCUCCACCACGAAGGAUUUCUAGAGAGCAAUUGGAGGUGAUGAUAGAUUUUCUAGAGCAGAAUAAAGGGAUGUGCAUGGGAACGCCUUCAAACGGUACGGCGGCGUCCACGGCCACCAGUGCCCACAACGCUGUGCGACAAACUUGGAACGAACUCGGCAAACUGCUCAACGCUGUGCCGGGAGGAGCUUUGAAAACUGCAGAUGGUUGGAAAAAGUACUGGUUUGAAUGGCGACAUAAGAGUAGAAAAAAGGCAAAUGAUGCUAGAAGGUUUGAAGAAAAUCCUCAUGGUGGUCCAAGCAGGUUUGCUCCACUUAAUGACUUAGAAGUCAGAGUAUUAGCACUAAGCGGCAGCAAUUUAGUGAGAUCAAAGUCAAAGCCUAUUAAAGAACUAGAAAACAUGUUGGCUGAUAAUUCUGACAGUGAUCCCAUUGGACAUCAUUCUCCAGAAAACGUAAAAGCUGAGCCACUGCCAAUACACAAAGUUCAUAAAACGAGAAGUUCUACCAAAGGAUCUGCGGCACCUGAUGAAGCUAGAUCUGGCACACCACCUCCACAAUGGGCUUUAGAACUAGAAGAAAGACGAAUUGCCGCUGAGGAGCGCAUGGCUGCAGCAUUAGAGUCCAUAGCAUCCAUUAUGAGGCUUCAAGAAGAGCGGAGAUACAUGCUAGACGAGAGGAUAGCGGACACUUUGACAUCUGUGGCUGGAAAUUUCCAAGAACUCAAUAGAGGAAUACAAGAGACUGUGAUGCACUUACAAAGGCUAAAUCCUGUCCAGUCGAAUGGACCUGAUAUCAAAGACCAUGUCUUCAUUUAGACUAAUAC